CUCAUGAUCGUAUCCUCAUCGCCGCCAUUUUGAAUUCGUCCGCAUUGCACAUGGAGUACCGGUAUAACAGAAAGCAACUGUUUUAAUAUAACUCAUCUCUAUAGAAUCUCUAUAGAUAGGUUUAUGAAUACAGAAUGGAUCUACUGAGUGUGUUAGAGAAGACGGUCUCUCCAGACCAACAAGAAUUAGAAGCAGCCCAGAGGUUUUUGGAACAAGCAGCACAAACUAAUUUACAAGAAUUUUUGAAGUCCCUGUCAGAAAUCUUGAAGCAUGGUGGAAACAGUCCUGUCACACGAAUGCAGGCUGGGUUGCAGUUGAAAAAUGCCCUCUAUUCAAAAGAUCCCAACAUCAAGGCGGAGUAUCAACAAAGAUGGCUGACAUUUGCUGAUGAAGUCAAAAAUGUAGUGAAAGCAAAUAUUUUGGCUGCUUUGGGUACAGAAACAAUCCGUCCAAGUUCAGCUGCCCAAUGUGUAGCUUACGUAGCAUGUGCCGAGCUUCCAGCUGGUAUGUGGCCAGACUUGAUAUCUGUGCUGACCAGCAAUGUGACUAACCAGAACAGUACAGAAAUGAUGAAGGAAGCCACAUUAGAGGCCAUUGGUUAUAUUUGCCAAGACAUUGAUCCAGAUAUUCUACAGAGUCAGUCAAAUGAAAUUCUGACAGCUAUUGUGCAUGGGAUGAAAAAAGAAGAACCCAGCAACCAUGUGAGAUUAGCAGCUACAAAUGCACUAUUGAAUUCCUUAGAAUUUACAAAGGCCAAUUUUGACAAAGAGACAGAGAGGCAUUUCAUCAUGCAGGUUGUAUGUGAGGCAACACAAUCACCAGAUACAAGGGUUAGGGUUGCAGCUUUGCAGUGCUUAGUGAAAAUAAUGUCUCUAUAUUAUAUGUACAUGGAACAUUACAUGGGCCCAGCACUCUUUGCAAUAACCAUGGAAGCCAUGAAGAGUGAUGUAGAUGAAAUUGCCCUCCAAGGAAUUGAAUUCUGGUCCACAGUCUGUGAUGAAGAAGUCGAUUUAGCUAUUGAAUUGUCAGAGGCUGCUGAGCAAGGGAGACCACCAGAACGAACAAGUCGAUUCUACGGCAAAGGAGCUUUGCAGUAUUUAUCUCCUAUCUUGUUACACAGCUUGACAAAGCAGGUAAUGCAUGAGGAGGUAGAUGAUGAUGAUGAGUGGAACCCAUGUAAGGCUGCAGGUGUCUGUCUGAUGCUGAUGGCCACUGGUUGUGAGGAUGAUAUAGUACCCCAUAUUCUGCCAUUUGUUAAGGACAACAUCCACCAUCAAGACUGGCGCUUCAGAGAUGCUGCUGUCAUGGCGUUCGGCUCUAUAUUGGAAGGUCCAGAUCCUGUAAAGCUGAAGCCAAUAGUUGAACAAGCCAUGCCUAUGUUGAUAGAGCUGUUGAAGGACUCUAGUGUGGUGGUGAGAGAUACAGGGGCCUGGACUGUGGGACGAGUCUGUGAAAUCUUACCAGAUGCUGUGAUCAAUGAACAGUGUUUACAACCUCUGUUACAAGCCAUGGUGGAGGGCCUUGCUGCGGAGCCUAGGGUUGCUAGUAAUAUAUGCUGGGCCUUCUCCAGUUUAGCAGAAGCAGCCUAUGACAGUGCAGACACAGGGGAUGAGAAUGCAGAGCCUGCUACAUACUGUUUAUCAACAUACUUUGAACCUAUUAUAGAAAAACUCAUUCAAACUACUGAUAGAUCUGAUGGAAACCAGCAUAACUUAAGAAAUGCAGCUUAUGAAGCACUGAUGGAAAUGAUUAAAAACAGUCCAAAGGACUGCUAUGCCAUUGUUCAGAAAACAACAUUAGUAGUUUUAGAAAAGUUAGAAAGAGUUCUGCAAAUGGAGAACAUGAUUCAAGUCUCUUCAGAUAGGGCCCAGUACAAUGAUUUGCAGUCCCUGCUCUGUGCUACAUUACAGAGUGUUCUAAGAAAGGUGACCUCUGAGGAUGCCCCCAGUAUUUCGGACCAGGUGAUGAGUGCUUUAUUGCGCAUGUUCUCCUCAUCUGGCAAGGCAGGAGGUGUUCAGGAGGAUGCUCUUCUAGCAGUGUCUACACUUGUAGAAGUUCUGGGAGACAAUUUUAUGAAAUACAUGGAAGCAUUUAAACCAUGUUUGAUAGUCAGUUUGAAGAAUUCAGAGGAGUAUUCUGUGUGUUUAGCAGCUGUAGGACUAGUAGGAGACUUGUGUCGAGCUCUAGGACAGAAGAUGUUGCCAUAUUGUGAUGAAAUAAUGAUGUUAUUGUUGGAAAAUUUAGGGAAUUCCACGGUACAUAGAUCUGUGAAACCACAGAUUUUGUCUGUAUUUGGUGAUAUUGCAUUAGCCAUAGGACCUCACUUCAAAAAAUACCUAGAGAUAGUUAUGAGUACCUUACAACAGGCUUCCCAAGCACAAGUAGAAAAGACCGAUUACGACAUGAUUGAUUACUUGAAUGAACUAAGAGAAGGUUGUUUAGAAGCUUACACAGGCAUUGUACAGGGGUUAAAGGGGGAUGGGGAACAGCCUAAUGCGGAUGUGAACUUAAUACAGCCACAUGUUGGGCACAUAAUGUCCUUUAUAGAACACAUUGCACUUGAUGAGGAUCAUUCAGAUGAAAAUAUAUCAGCUUGUUGUGGACUUACUGGUGAUUUGUGCACAGCAUUUGGAGCAGGCAUGCUGCAACUUGUUGACAAAGAACCGAUCCAGGGCUUGCUUACCAAAGGUCGUCGCUCUAAAGCAUCAAAGGCCAAAACCCUAGCCACAUGGGCUACUAAAGAAAUACGCAAACUAAAAAAUGCCUCGUGAUGACAGACUGUUGGAAGGAGGGAUUCUCGCGUUGGGAUUAACAUCAGUUCAACUGUUGACAGUCAGGCAAACUGAGGUGUGUGAGGGAGAGACUUGCUAAACACUUCAAUCCGAGAGAGAGGGAGUGAGUGAGGGGAGAGAGACAUCUCAAUUGUUUACCCACAAAAAACAAACAAACAAAAUUGCCCCCCACCAAACACAGGAAACACUGAGGGAACACAGAGUACGACAGGAAUCCACGUUACCACCUAGUCUUUCAAUGUUAACACAGCAGACAUAAACAUGGAGCUGAACAUACAUGGCCUUUUCCACUUUGAAAUUCUAUUAUUUUGUAUUAUAUGUAUUUGUAAAAUGGAAGCCCAUUUCUAUUUUCCUAAAAUGGUGCAAUUUUUAUUUUUUAAAAAAAAUUUGUGAAAUGUUUUUCCUCUGCUCGGUUACUUUUCUUUUGAAAGUUAAACAUGAUUUGUAUGUUAAAUUACAGUACUUCAAAAAUUACUAAACAACUGGCAUUGCAGAGGGUGGUCCGAGCGAUCCAUUUAAUAGAAUUUUACAUACUACUAAAAUUAAAAUUUCUGCUCUCUGUUAAGCUGAAAUGUUUAAAUUCUGGUGUGGACUUGUGUACUUGGCAAAUAAGUGCCAAAACGUUUGGUUUUUUACGGGCCGAGGCAAUCCAGUUGUUCAGUUUACAUAUAAAAACAUUAUACAUCCAACUACAGACAAAUAAUGAGAGAGAGUUUAAACAAAGAUGAAAGAUUAUAUUUAAUGCAUGUUACAGCAGUUUCUUUUCUUUUUUUUCUUUUUUUUUCCCCCCCAAUUUUUGUUCCUUUUUUCCUUCGCUGUAUCUAACCAGCAGUAUAAAAACUGCUCCUGUAUUAAUCAAAUAUGAGAUUUUGAUGUAAAUUUAUAAAUAUUGAUGGUAGUGUGAAACAGAUGAAUUCCAGAGCUUUUUGGAUGAUCAAAGAAAAUUUCUGUUCAUGGCUCAAAAGCUGUGAUAGUGCUGAUUUUAUUGUUUAUUUUGUUUGUAGUAGAGGGGGGAGGGUGCGAAAUGUUACAAUAAAUUGAUUUGCAUUUGCAA